UUGUACCAAAAAAAAAAAAUCCACGUGUGCGGUUCCAACUUCCUGCCUAUCACUUUUUCCCAUCUUCUGCUUCCCCCGUAUCAUUGCCCCAAUUUCUUUCUUUCUUUCGUACUCCUAAACACAUCCCAGUUUCUUUGUUUCACUUUCUUCUUCAGCUGCGGUGCCACGGAUGCACUGACUGUCUUGACCCCUGUGGUGAUUGAUAGGUGAAGCGCGGAUCAAAGACUCCCAAUCGUGCCGUGGAGGACCUGCGGAACAGUCCAUCAGCGGUGCGCUUGCCUGUUUCGCACCGUACUGGACUUAAACCUUUCUGGCCAACGAAGACUUAGUAUUACAUAAUCCUUUACAGGAUCUAUGCAAAUGGCGUUCAGGGGUCAGUGGAGAUCAUACAGCUCGAAGGUAGACCUGAAGAAGCUAAGGCCGAUGAUACUCAAGAGAAUAGAGAAUCGAGCCAAGGAUUAUCCGGUGCAUGGAAUGAUUCCGGUGGCUCAAGAAGUUCUCAAGGCCAGAGAACUCCUUUUUCAAGGAGUUUCCACCCUUCUCAAACUAUUCCCUGUCCUUGCCUGCAAAUUCUGUCCUGAAGUAUACAUUGGUGAGAAAGGUCACUUAAUCCAAACUUGCUGUGGAUACAAGCGCAUUGGAAAGAAUAGGGUUCAUGAAUGGGUCCGUGGUGGUUUGAAUAAUAUACUGGUCCCUGUAGAAUCAUUUCAUAUGCAAAACAUGUUUCAAGGUGUUGUCAAACAUCAGCAAAGAUUUGAUUUUGAACGUGUUCCUGCAAUUGUGGAGCUAUGCUUGCAAGCAGGGGCUGAUCUAACUGUGGGAAAUUUGAACUCUGGUUCAUUAACUGCAGAUGAAUUUUAUGGUGGUAUAAGUGGAAUUGAGUCUUUGUCAGAUGAUGAUUUAAGGGUGAUAGCAAACGGCACCUUGAGGGCAUGGGAGACACUUAGAUCUGGUGUCAAAAAGCUGCUAUUGGUCUAUCCGGCAAAAGUUUGUAAAUAUUGUUCUGAAGUUCAUGUUGGGCCAUCUGGCCAUCGGGCUCGUCUUUGCGGAGUAUUUAGAUAUGAAAGUUGGCGGGGAGCCCAUUUUUGGACAAAGGCAAAGGUUGAUGACUUGGUCCCUCCAAAAAUUGUGUGGCGGCGACGGCCCCAAGAUCCAAUAGUGCUUUUGAAUGAAGGUCGUGAUUACUAUGGGCAUGCACCGGCGGUGGUGGAUCUGUGCUCACAGGCAGGUGCUAUUGUUCCAAGUAAGUAUUCGUGUAUGAUGAAAGUGAGUGGUUUGCCUGCACCUAUUUGAGUUUAACCCUCCAUCUAAACCUCAAGUGAAGUUGGUUUCAUAGUAUACGUCAUUGAAGGCAUUUUUAGGUCCAGAGCUCUUGUAGACCAUCUAAGCGGCCAAGAUACUUGUCUCACAUAGUUUAGAAUCUUUCAUGUGUAUCCUCUUUUGGUUAUUUAUUUAUUUCCUUUGCCUUAAAAAAUUUUGUCAAUGAUCAUGAUAAAUCGGACUUAAAAGUAGUUAGACACAUGAAUAUAAACAUGAAAUCAAUUCUGUGUAUCUGAAUGUUUUAAUUAUUAAUAUUUUAUUCAUGGGUCUUCUGCCGUUUAUUCAGCCGCAUGUCCUUUUGCAUGUAAUUAUUGAUAAUACUAGGUACCUCUUCGCUACUUUGAUUUUCAACUGUUUUUAGGCACUUGCAAAUUGCAAUCAAGAGCAACAUAGCAAUUAAGUUUUAACUAGUCAAUAAGAAAUUUCCAAAAUAUCUUCUGAUACAUAUAACAAAAACUACGUCCAAAAGGAUAAAAUGAUCAAACUCAAAGGCAAAUUGAUCAAACUUAAAGGCCUAAAGUUAAUUGAUUUUACAAAUUUGCUGUCAUCUUGCCUACCACAAGAUAGAGACUCAAGCAAGGUCAUAAGACGAUUCGGCCCUGACAUCUACCCCAAGAGAGACUCAGGCAAGGUGAAAUCAUGCUGAUAAGACGAUUCGGCCUUGAGGAGAUUGAAGAAGAGGUAGAUAUGAGAUCCAUCUUCCGCUCCACAAUGAAACAAGAAAAGCUCCAUCUCCUUCAGUUAUAUUUUGAUUUUUAUGAUCAACAACCAAGAUCAUAUGUUUGCCGGGUAAAUUUUCUCGGGCUUCCAUCUCUUUCUUUAGGUCACCAACCGUUGCAUUAUUGCCAACUUGAAUGUAGAAGAGGUUCUCUGUCAAAAUCUCCACCACCACCUUCAUUGGUUUUCCUUUGUAGCCUGUCUUUCAUUUAAUAAGAAAUUAAAACAAUUGAACAGGAGAGAAAUAUCCAAUAUGUUCAUGUUAGCUGCAUUCUCGGUAGUUAGUUUUUAGCAUGCUUAUGAUGUGAACUUAAU